AUGCGUGCAGUAGGCAUCAGGUCCCCUCCGAAGCUCCCUGGGCUGCUCGGAGCAGCUCAGUGCUGUCGUUGGAGAAAUCAAACCCUUUUCCCGGAGCCAGAGCUCUUCCCCCAGCUCCCCCCCUCCCAUAUCUGUAUAUAUUUCAUGAGGAGAACGGGGCUGAGUUUCUUCAUGAGCUGCAGUUCCUGGGCGGACCCCACGCACAGCUGGGUUUGCUGCGCCUGGGUCCGCCUUCCCAGCCAGCCCAGCCAGCAGCCUCGCAAAUUCGGGGCUGCCGAGUUGACAGCAGCGAGGAGGAGAGCACGGGAAGAUGAACGGGUCAACACCGUGAAGCCGGGCUCCUGGGCUGGCGGGAUCCAGAAAAUGGGUUGCUGGAGGAGACCGGGUCUGCUUUCCUUGCUGCUGCUGUCCUUCUCCUGGUGUGCCGGUGCCCGCCGCAGCCUGAAGACCAACCUGUGCAAGUGGUGCGACUCCACGCCGCCGGCCUGCGAGCAGGAGGUGUGCUACAGCAACUGCAACCUCAACUCCUACUGCGAGGACCCCUACGAGAUCUGCGUGGCCAUAUGGAGACAGGACAACGACAGCAUCAGGAUCAGCACGCUCUGCCACAACCCACACCGUCCCAUAGAAAACCUCAUGGUCCCGAACUACAACACCUCGCGCUGCAUCAUGACCCACCAGCCCAGCGAGGAGGGGAUCAUCUACAUCUGUGGCUGCGUGGACGAGCAGGAGUGCAAUGACAAGCUUAUAUUUGAAAACCACACCAACGGCUACUCCAUGCUGCAGAGCAAGGAGGUCAUCCCGGUGGCCGCCAUCAGCCUCCUGCCGCCGCUGCUGGUGGCGGUGAUGAUCACCGUCAUCUUCUACCUCUGCCGCACGCAGAAGCGCCGCAAGAGGGCCAAGGCAUGGGGUGGGAAGCAGGGGCAGCCCCCGGCGCUGCCGGAGCCGGGCAGGGCGGCGGAACGGGACGAGAAGCUGUCCGUGAUGAUGGACGAUGGCCCUGCCGGCUUGAGCCCAACCUGCGCCAACAGCCUGAACCACAACACCGAGCUGCUGCCCAUCGAGCUGGACGAGAUGGUGGGCAAAGGGCAGUUCGCCGAGGUGUGGAGGGCCAAGCUGAACCACAGCAGCUCGGGGCAGUACGAGACGGUGGCGGUGAAGAUCUUCCCCUGUGAGGAGUACUCCUCCUGGAAGAAUGAGAGCCAGAUCUUCACAGACGCCAGCCUCAAGCAUGACAGCGUCCUGCAGUUCCUCACAGCCGAGGACCGGGGCUCGGGGCCCCGCAGGGAGUACUGGCUCAUCACGGCCUACCACAGCCGGGGCAACCUCAAGGACUACCUGUCCAGCCACGUCCUCAGCUGGAUGGACCUGCAGAAGAUGGCGGGGUCGCUGGUCAACGGGGUGGCCCACCUCCACAGCGACUACACCGCCUGCGGCCGGCCGAAAAUCCCCAUCGCCCACCGGGACAUCAAAAGCACCAACGUCCUGGUGAAGAACGAGCAGGAGUGCGUGCUCUGCGACUUCGGCAUCGCCAUACGCCUCGACCCUUCCCUGACGGUAGAUGACUUUGCCAACAGCGGGCAGGUGGGCACCGCCAGGUACAUGGCUCCUGAGGUGCUGGAGUCCAGGGUGAACCUGGAAGACCUGGAGUCCUUCAAGCAGAUGGACGUCUACUCCAUGGCCCUCGUUCUGUGGGAGAUGGCCUCCAGAUGUGAAGUGGUGGGAGAGGUAAAGAAUUACGAGCUGCCUUUUGGGUCAAAAGUCCAGGAGCAGCCCUGCGUGGACACCAUGAGAGACAUCGUGCUGCAUGGCAGAGGGCGGCCUGAGAUCCCUAGCAGCUGGCUGGUACAUCAGGGGAUGCGUUUUCUGUGCGACACCAUCACCGAGUGCUGGGACCACGACCCCGAGGCUCGCCUCACCGCCCACUGCGUGGCCGAGCGCUUCAACCUGAUGGCACAAAUGGAUUGCGACGACAUCCUCAACAACAACACGGACAGCGAGGCUGACAAAACGGCCUCCCCGGGCGGGGAGCACCAGGACAGCGACGGGAGCAGAAACGUGCAGUGAUGCAGCAGGCAAGAAGCCUCUGGAAACAGGAGGAUGCGCCAGGAGCGUUUAGCUCACCGGGAAAAAGCCUCCCUUUGUUUUUCCAAACGGAACUAAGAUCUAGUACAUAACUUAUUUAUGAGAUCUGUUUCCUCCCACAGAUACAGUGAACUGUGGAAUCAAUACUGUGGUUAAAGUGCAACAGUGUAUAUGAACUGAUUUUGUACUUACUUUAAAUGUAUAAUGAUGCAAAGCAUUUCUUUUAUUAUUUUUUAAAAUAAUAAUCUUUUAUUAAUAAGCACCUGAA